AUGGGAGUUGCUCCUGCGGCCGCGGCAGACAUUACCGCCUGCCUGAUCACCAAGACCGACACCAACCCGUUCUUCGUGAAGAUGAAGGAAGGCGCGACAGCCAAGGCUGAAGAACUCGGCAUUGAGCUGAAAUCCUUUGCAGGAAAGGUCGACGGUGACCAUGAAACCCAGGUUGCCGCGAUCGAAACCUGCAUCGCCGACGGAGCCAAAGGUAUCCUGCUGACCGCAUCCGAUACCUCGUCAAUCGUGCCGGCCGUGCAACAGGCACGGGACAAUGGUCUUCUCGUGAUCGCUCUCGAUACACCGCUUAGCCCGAUCGACGCGGCCGACGCCACUUUCGCGACAGACAACUUCCUGGCAGGUGAACUGAUCGGCAAGUGGGCUGCCGGUGCACUCGGCGACAAGGCAGCAGACGCGAAAAUCGGCAUGCUUGAUCUUGCGAUCAGCCAGCCGACCGUCGGCGUACUGCGUGAUCAGGGUUUCCUUCAGGGCUUCGGUAUCGAUCUGGGUGACCCGAACAAGUGGGGCGAUGAAACAGAUUCACGCAUCGUCGGCAACGACGUCACGCAGGGCAACGAGGAAGGUGGCCGUCGUGCGAUGGAAAACCUGCUUGCCAAGGAUCCGAUGAUCAACGUGGUCUACACGAUCAACGAGCCGGCCGCGGCCGGAGCCUAUGAAGCGUUGAAGUCAAUCGGCCGUGAAAACGACGUGCUGAUCGUUUCCGUGGAUGGUGGCUGCCCCGGCGUACAGAACGUCAAGGACGGCGUCAUCGGCGCAACUUCACAGCAGUAUCCGCUUCUGAUGGCCUCUCUCGGUAUUGAAGCCAUCAAGACCUGGGCGGACAAUGGUGCAAAACCUGAGCCGACAGCCGGCAAGGACUUCUUUGACACAGGUGUUGCACUUGUCACCGACCAACCGGUUGACGGCGUCGAUUCCAUUGACACCGCAAAGGGCACGGAUCUCUGCUGGGGUUAA